AUGGAACUUGUUUUUACCAUUUCUACCUGUGACUACACACAUUUACAGAUAUUAAAUAUUAUUAGAAAAGAAUUAAUAAAGCUUGAAAUUUCAUUUCAGGAAAAAGAUAUUUCCGCUAAAUAUGAGACUCUUGAGAAUCAAAUAAAACUUCUUGAAAAUGAGAAAUUACGAUUUGAAGAAGAAAAUCGACAAAGGAAAUAUGACCUCCAAAGUUCAAUUGAUAAACUUCAGUGUAAAGUAGAACUUCUUCAAGAGCAGAAUAAAAAACUGAAAUCAGAAGUUGAAAAGAAACUUAGAAAUCUUUGCAAACAGCAUGCAACAGAAAUUAGAAACCUCAAACAACAAUAUGAGACAGAAAUAAGAAAUCUCCGUGAACAACAUGAAAUUUAUCUCUGA